GGUUCAGUUAUCGAUUGGGAGUUUGCAAAAUGUCUCCCCACAAAUAUAUUCACCUCCACGACCUACAUAAAUCACCAUUACCACCACCACCCGCUCUCUUCGUCGACUCUUCAUUCUCCAACCGAGCAUACACGGAAUAUCCACAGAAUCCACAGAUAACAACAAGUCAACAUGCUGAUCCUAGGCCUAACCGGCGGCAUCGCAACCGGCAAAUCCACCGUCUCCACCAUGCUCUCCGCCCCGCCCUUCUCCUUCCCCAUCAUCGACGCCGACAAAAUCGCCCGCGAAGUAGUCGAGCCCGGCACGCGCGCGUACAACAAGAUAGUUGCGUACUUUGGCCCCAAGAUCCCUGAUCUCCUCCUCGACGCACCACCCUCAUCAUCAGAAAACGGAGGACGCCCGCUGAACCGGCCCGCGCUGGGCCGCCAUGUGUUUGCGAACGAGACCGACCGCAAGAUGCUGAACGCGUUCACGCACCCGGAGGUGCGCAAGGCGAUAUUCCGGCGGCUGCUGGUGAACUGGCUCGUGCGCGGGUCGGACGUGGUGGUGCUGGACGUGCCGUUGCUGUUCGAGGCCAAGUUUGAUGUCUUCUGCGGCGCGACGCUGGUGGUUGCAUGUACGCCCGAGAAUCAGCGCGCGAGACUGCUGAAGCGGGACGGGCACGUGUUGACGGAGCAGGAUGCCGAGCAGCGGAUUGCGGCGCAGAUGCCGGUUGAGAAGAAGGCGUGGCUUGCGGACGUGGUGGUGUGGAAUGACGGGGACGUGGAUGAGCUGCGGUACGAGGUCGCGCAGGCGGUGGCGAAGCUGAGGCCGUCGAGGGUGAGAGCCUGGUUGGAGCGGGUGCCGCCGAUCGGGGCGUUUAUGGCGCUGUUGAUGUUGGCGAGGAAUUACUUUAGUGACCAGAAGAAGAGGAGGGAGAAAUUGACUUAGAUACAGAUGGAAUAGAGGUUU